AUUCGUGUGGAAUUCCAGCAGACUGAGAGAAGCAGCAGAGAUUCCACACUGGAGGGAAUAAGACGAGGACAUCUGGAUGUAUGUGUCUGUAACAAAGACAGUAAAGACAAAAGAAAAAAGAAGACAGGUUCAUCCAACUGAGACCGACUGACUGUGAGACGAUGGACAUCCUUGACACUCAUGCCUACGACAGGCGGCAGAGGAGAUACACGUCUUGUGCCCUCUUUCUCUCUCUCCUGCCUUUCUUUUUGUCCACAGCUUUGUAUUUCUACCUUUGGACUCCUGACUCCCCGGGGUCCAUCAUGUCUGCAGCCGUCAAAACGGCCCCCGUUCUGCUGCUGGCGGCAGCCGUGCUGAGCUGGAAUGGAGGUCAGAGUGUGCUGGGUGUGGUGGGAGGACUGGUCUGCUCUGCUGUGGGGGACUGGUGCCUGGUGUGGCCUGAGCAUUUUCUGCACGGAAUGGGAGCGUUUGCUGCGGCUCACCUGCUCUACUCAUUCACCUUCCUCUCCAGCAAUUAUUCAGCGUAUUCCGCUUCCUCUUCCGUCUGUUUUCGUUUUCUGUAUCUUAUCCUUUUUAUGAUAGGAGGAGGUUUUUACAUCUACAUAUUUCCAUUCCUGCAGACAGCGCCAGACUCAGAGCUACUGGUUCCAGCUGUGGGGAUCUAUGUUGUUUUGAUUGCUUUAAUGGGGGCAUUAGCCAUCAGAUCCCGCCAGACAGCAACCCUGUUGGGGAGUUUGUCCUUCAUGGUGUCCGACCUGUCGCUGGCUCUGCAGAUUUUCAAGGCGACGCCGCCAAUGGAGUACGGUAAUGCUCUCGUCAUGGUGACGUAUUAUUCUGCACAGUUACUAAUAGCUGUGGGCGAUAUAAAGGCAGUGGAGAACAAGGACGACUUUUCAAAAUGGAAGAGGUCCUAAACAGCAUCCAUGAGGCAUCCCUAGAGUAUCUCAAUCAGCCUCGUGAAUACUAAAACUACCUAUAAAAACUUCAUGUAGGUCUUAUUAGUGUUUAAUUUUAACACUUUAAGUACAGGAAAAGAGGAAACUAGAAAGACAGUUCUCCUUUUUUUCCAACACUUGAUGGCUACUGGCUAAUUUCAAACAAGUUAAUAAACAGCAAGAUAUUUAAAUACCACAGUUUACAA